CCAUUGGUAGGCGCUGAAUCGGUUUAUUUCUGUGGUUAAAGAGGAACAUAUACAUGGUCAUAUGACCACAGGGAUGAGUGUUUACAUUCUGUCUUACUGUACGCUGAAAACAAUAUAACUGCCUAUACUACGAGCUGACAGCAAAAUGACAAAGCUGCAGGUCAUCAACACGUUUCUGACGGAGCGCUUAAUGGCGACGCUCAAUGAAAUCAUGGACAUGAUCGGCGGGACUGUCCUGCAGUAUGAAAAAGAGCUGGACAGCGUGCAGAAGGACAACGAGUAUUUGAGACGAAGACUGAAGGAGAUUGAGAAACUCGUCGAGUCAAACGGUCCAGCUAUCUCAAACCCUGCAUCAUCAUCUUCGCCAUCACAUCUAAAAUGGACUUCUAGCAUUGAAACGGAAACAAUAGCUACAGAGAUCUAUCAGAAUCAGAACCAGGUACAAAAUGAACAGCUCGCCAGCACAAAAGUAGAAGAGUUCUCCGACCAUGCUCUUCUGGUGGACGAAUCAGACAUUAUACAUGGUCCCCAGUUACCAAACACACUGCCUCACACAGAUGACUUUGAAACAUCCCCUUUAAACGAAUUUCCUUGUGGUGUAAAAACAGAGCCUUUUGAAAGUCCUGAUUCACAGUCCACCAAUGCCAACACAUCCGUCUACAGCCCAAUACCUCAGUGCACUGCUCAGUUACAAGCUACUAACAAUAUUAACCACAAGUCGGAUCCUAAAGCGUUCAGUGUAUCGAAUUCCACUGAUCUAGAAUUAGCUAAACGUAUAAAGCUAAAGCCUAAAACCAUGCAUGUAUCCCUUAGUAAAAUAAGCCAAAAUGGGUUAAAAAACAGUUGUCCUGAAUCAAGCAUAGCUCAUGUUAACUACAAUAUGGCUCAUCAAAACACAGAUUCAAGAUCAGUCAGGAACGACGCCAUUAGCAGUAUAACUAACGUUGUGGUCAACCCCCUACGUCACGUGACGUUCAGCAGAGAUGUCAGACAGGGUAGGGGAAGAGGACGGGGACGAGGAAGAGUCAAAGGUCCUGGGACGCACAUAUGUCCACAAUGUGGAAAACUAUUCCCCCAUCAUUCCCGGCUAAAGGUGCACAUGCUCAUUCAUACAGGGGAGAAGCCGUACGUUUGCACCCAGUGCGGGAAGCGUUUCAACAACGACGGGACUCUGAGGAACCACAGCCGCGUACAUCUGCAGCUCCGUCUGUUUGACUGUCCAGUGUGUGCACGUAGCUUUAAGGAUGCCUACACCUGUCGAAAUCACAUGCGCGUGCAUAAUAGGUGAGGCAAUGGUGUUUCUGCCUCAGCAGCCAAAUUAAACAGAACUCAAGCUACAGGAAAUUCUCAUGGAAAGGUUUCCCUGGUGGUCGUGACAUGUGCAGUCACAGUUUUACUGCUCCUGAUCGCUUCUGAAAUGUGCCAUGCUGGGGGACCCCUGUGGGCAGAAUUGAGAGGCGCUGAACAACAUAAGUCGUCACAUGAUUGUCUUCAUGUCCUCAGAAAACCUUUGGAGUAUAAUGUUUGAUGGUGUUGUUGAAAUUCAUUUUCCUGUCAUGUAGCCUGCUAUCACGCCAGUAGGAUGCAACAAACAAGUGCCAGUAUUGCCAGCUGUUUUCUGCUGCUUUUAAUAUGCUAAAUUAAAUUGUUUGGUUAGAGAUUUAU